CUAAGUAUAUGUGGGUAACUUGAGCUAGUGUUUGGGAGUAAUAGGGACAGAGAUCCAGGAAAUAGGGGUGUUCCAGGGACAGCAUCUGAGAGAAUAGAGGUGAAGGAGGGGCAGAAAGGGAGAGAAUCGGGGAGUUAACAAGGCCCCAAGUCAAUGAACGAAGCUGAAGGCUGGGCCAGAUGUGAAUAAGCGGCAGUCAUUUGAUGCAGAGCCAGGAAAUAGAGGUGAAGAUAGGAAAUGAAUCUGAGCGAGAGUGAGUAGGAUGAAGAAGGAAUAUGACAUGAGAGAAUUUGGGUAAUGCUAAGUAGAUGGGGAAUUGCGAUAAUAUGAGGCCCGGUGUGGGUGAAUAUAAGUGGCUGAGAGGCAGUGUAAGUGAAUGCGGGAACAAAAGACAGAAUGAGAAUGAAGUCGAAAAAGCAGUCAAGCAUAAGAAUCUGUAUGUAAUAUGCCAUUUGUAAUAUGAAAUGUGGGGCACAUCCCAGUAAAUUAGGAUGGAACAGCACUUUAAGUGCAGAGAGGUGAACAAACUACCAAGGAUGAGUGCUAUGGUUUGAAUGUGUCCCUUCCAAAGUUCAGAUGUCAGAGACUUCAUCCCCAAUGCAACAGGGGUGGGAGGUGGGGCCUUUAAUUUCCAGCGCAACAGUGUUGCGAGGCAUUUAGGUUUCUGUGUUCCGUGUUCCAGAAUCUACGACUUAGACAUUUGCUCAUAGAGCCCAGAAUUCCAGAUCACCCCUAAUUCCGAACACCACAGGGUGAGUCUGGAGCGAGUCACCUGGGAGGGCUUACAGGGGCCAUAAUGCAGGCCUGGGGCACUGUGGUAGUGACCUUGGCCAUACUGAUGGUUGUCACUGUGGAUGCCAAGAUUUAUGAACGCUGCGAGCUGGCUGCAAGACUGGAGAGGGCAGGGCUGAACGGCUACAAAGGCUACAGUGUUGGAGACUGGCUGUGCAUGGCUCACCAUGAGAGUGGUUUUGACACCACCUUCGUGGACCACAAUCCUGAUGGCAGCAGUGAAUAUGGCAUUUUCCAACUGAAUUCUGCCUGGUGGUGUGACAAUGGCAUUACACCCACCAAGAACCUCUGCCACAUGGAUUGUCAUGACCUGCUCAAUCGCCAUAUCCUAGAUGACAUCAUGUGUGCCAAGAAGAUCGUGUCCUCACAGAACGGGCUGUCUGCCUGGACUUCUUGGAGGCGGCACUGUUCUGGCCAUGAUUUAUCUCAAUGGCUCAAGGGGUGUGCUAUGCAAGUGAAAACUGACCCAAAAAAUUAUCCAUGACUCAGGUUCGAAGAGACAGGUUUUAUUUCCUUUUCAUUCCUUUCUCUUGAACAUUUAAUAAAGGAUAGUAUCUAUAAACAAUGCAAAAGAUACACUGAUG